CCGUGUCCAGGAGCCAACGGAGCAAAUUGCAUUGGAGGGAUGGCAUACUCUCUUUCCCGUCAGUCACAGUGACACUAGCCAGUUGCGGGUUUCUGUGUGUUCAUGUAUGCAGAACAGGGUAGAUAGCGCUUCCUCUGAGUGUUUUACAUGGCCCUGGGACACAUUAGCAGCUGUUGGAAAAAAUGUGGUUGUUUUUCUUCACAUGUCUCAGAGGAAGUCUCAACCUCUCUGCUUGUUAGUAGCACAUGUCUCAUGUCAUAUGUCUCAUGUCACAUGUCUCAUGUCUCCACAUGUUUCAACCUCCCUGCUUGUUAGUUGUUGUAUGAGAAGGGAGAGCUGGCUGGUGGGUGGGAAAUGGCAGGUGACCAAAUUAGGAACAGAAUGGAGGGGGAAAAAAAGCAAAAAUGUCAAUUUAAGUAGGGGAACAUGCCUAACCAGGGGUUACCCAUACUGCUUAAUCUCAUUGAAAAUUGAGAAAUUUAGCCCUUAUUCUAAGAAACAAAAUAUCAAAAAAAAAGAAAAAAGCCACGUGAUGCAAAUUAUUGGCACCCCAUAACAUAAGAGCACUGAGUUCUGUUAUAUCCUUAAGUGCUUGAUAAGACUGGCGAAUACAUCCAGCAUUAGCCAAAAAAAGAAUGCUGCCUCUAUAUAGAAUAGGGUUAAAAGUGUUGAUCAGUACAAUAGUCUGAGCACAGAAUAUCAUAAUGUCUGUAUACUGUGUAACUAAUUAUCAGGAUGUUUACUGCUUCAACGCUUUUGCACCAAGGGCUCAUUCAUGUGCGGACACAGAAUUAACGUAAUCUCAUCUUCUCAUUCUGUCAGUAAAAUGAUUUUGAAGAUAAAGAAACCUUUUUUUCAUUAGGCAUUUCCAAAACAGGGAAUUCCACAGAGUAAACAUUUUAGCUUUUUCCCAGACCCCUGAGCCAAGUAAUUUGAGAACACUGAAUGAGAGAGAACAAUAAUGUGGAGACUCUGGGGGUUCCUGAGGACUAGAUGAGGCAAUGCUACUCUAAAAUCAGGUGAUCCAUUAAAUAAGCGUUCCCAACACUCCUGAUACAGCUCGUCAAGGGACUGGUUAGUAGCUUAUUAGUUGUGUUUGGAUGUGAGAGUUGAGAACCCUUAAUGGUUCCCAAUCUAUGGCAACCAGCAGAUAGUCAUUUGAGUCACUGUCAUUGUAUUACAAAAAAAAUUUAAAACCCUAGGGUUAGUCCUAGCCUUUGCAGAAAUGAUUUUGUGAUAACAGAGAACAGAAGGUUAAAAGGUAAAAGAAGGCCCACAGAUGCUCAGCUCAGCUCUGUGACUUGAGCCAGCUAAUGUCCAUUCUACAACCACCAUUUACAGUGGAUAUAAAAGGUCUACACACCCCUGUUAAAAUGGCAGGUUUUUUUGGUGUAAAAAAAAUGAAACCAAGAUAAAUGUCAGAACUUUUUCAACCUUCAAUGUGAAAUUGCAACAUAUAAAAAUUAAGUGAAAAACAAUUAGAAAAACAUUUUAGGGUAAAAUGGGAAAAAUUGAAAAAGAAAAAAAAAGUUACAAUAACCUAGUUGCAUAAGUGUGCAUACGCUUUUAUAAUUGAGGAUGUGACUGUGUUCAGAAUGAACCAAUCACAUUCAAUCUCAUGUUCAAAAGUAAUUAUCAUACAGCUGUCAUGAAUAAAAUUAUUCUGAUUAACCUCAAAUAAACAUCAGCUGUUUCUGUAGAUUUUUCUUGAGAUCAACUUGUUGAAAGGUAUUGAUCAGGAGAGGGGUAUAAAGGAAUUUCCAAAACAUUAGCUGUAUCAUGGAACACCGUGAAGGUUAUCAUCAACAAAUAGAGAAAAUGGAGCAUCACAGUGACAUCACCAAGAACAGGAAGUCCCUCCAGAAUUUAUAAAAGUACAAGACAAAAACGUAUCAGGGAGGCUGCCAAGAGACCUAUGGGAACAUUAACUGAGCUGCAGGACUAUCUGACAAGUACUGAUUACUUUCUCAUGUGACAACAAUCUCUCGUAUUCUUCACAUGUCUGGGCUAUGGGGUAGGGUGGAUAGACUGAAGCUCUUAACUAAAAGCUUAACUAAAUCACUCCAAGCUUAACUAAAUCACUCCAAACCAUGUGGCAAAAUGUGUUAUGGUCUGAUGAGACUAAUUCCAAAAGGUAUAAUAAUUCCAUAAUUACAAAAGGUAUGUUUGGUGCAAAAAAAGCACAUCAACAAAAGAACACCAUACCCACGGUAAAGCAUGGUGGUGGCAGCAUCAUGCUUUAGGGCUGCUUUUCUUCAGCCAGAACUGUGGGAAUCAUGAAUAGCUACAAAUACCAGCCAAUUUUAGUGCAAAACGUUCAGGUGUCUGCUAGGAAGCUGAAGAUGAAAAGGAAUUUCACUUUUCACUAUGACAAUGACCCAAAGCAUACAUCUAAAUCAAGAAAGGAAUGGCUUAACCAAAAGAAGAUCAAUGUUUCUGAAUGGCCUAGCCAGAGCCCAGACCUGAAUCCAACUAAAAAUCUGUGAGGUGACCUGAAGCGGGCUGUGCAAAGGAGAUGCCCUUACAAUCUGAUGGAUCUAGAAUGUUUUUGCAAGAAAGAGUGGGAAAAUGUUACCAAGUUAAGAUGUGCCACGCUGAUAGACUCUUAGCCAAAAAGACUGAGUGGUGUAAUAAAAUCGAAAGGUGCUUCAACAAUGUAUUAGUUUAGGGGUGUGCACACUUAUGCAACUAGGUUAUUAGUUAACUAGGUUAGGUUAGGUUAAUUAACUAGGUUGUAAGUGCUUCACUUAAUUUUUAUACGUUGUAAUUUCACAUUGAGAGUGGAAAAAGUUCUGACAUGAUUUACCUUAGUUUCAUUUUUUUUUACAUCACAAAAACCUGACAUUUUAACAAGGGUGUGUAGACUUUUUAUAUCUACUGUAUGUCAAAAGCCCCAUACAGUAUUUAGACAUAAUUCAUACAGUGAUACAUAUGCAAUGUCAGAUUAUAGCUGGCAUACUGAUGUGAAAGCAUGCAGUUUCUUGCUUGGCUCCUGAGAAGUUACCCCAAACCUUAUUUAUAAAAGGAUUAAACUCUUUUAGGGGAGUUAACUGGAGUGCACACACUUGUCAAAGUGUGAAAACUGCCACUAUAACAGUUUGACCAUAUUUAGUGCUGCUGAAAAGCUGUAAAGUCUGAGCUAGUGUGGAACAUACAUCACAGGCCAGUGUUAUUGUGUCAUAAAACAUACGAGCCAAUCAUGUUCCCCUUAUGCAAAUGCCAGCCAUAGAAAAUCAUGUAAUGGGAUCAUGUAGGGUUUGUUGUGUUUUCAGUGUUAUAGUGUUUAAUUUAACUGUUUAAUGAGACCUUUAGGUCAAACCAUUUGUUUGAUGUAGGAAAAGAACUAGUUUAAGUAAAGCGUGCCAAUAAAACACAAGGUGUAUUUCACCACAUGAUGGCGCCACUCACCCACUCACAAGUGAUUCUUGUGUUUCUGUUUUUGUUUUUUGGCCAAGAUUUAAAAAGAAAAAAAAUAUGUUUGAAGGAUGUGUGACUGAUUUGUUGUUUGCAACAUCAGCCUGUUAGUCACAGAGUGGUAGUGAAUUUCACGGUGGGACGAUAGAAAUAUAUCCAGAUACCAGAGUCAUCAUUUGGUUUUAUUUUAGUCUCACUGGGGCUUGAAUUAAACUGUCCUGGGUUUGUAGCUAGCCUACAACUUAGCAAAGUAGCCCUACACUUUCAGAAUAGUACGUUUGGUGAAGCCGGAAAACGGUUAUUCCAGCACUUUCUGUCUCUUUAAAAAAAAUAAAAUCCUGCCUGGAGUCAGAAUUCUGUUUUUACUAAUCAGAAACGACAUAGAAAUAUCACUUUUACCUCAGAGAAAGAGGUCAAAUGUGCAGUUUCUGUAGCUUACAGGCAGCUACACCUACUGUACUGUCUUCAUGCAUCACCACUCAUGUUGCCAGAUUGGCUUUGGUUUACAUUAAUGAUGUUAUAAUCAAUUGACAACUGGAAUUAAAAGAAUAACUUUAGAUACAGUAUAUCUACGUAGAUUUAUACAUUAGUAUACACUUGUUACCGUUCAGUUUGGAGCUCAUGUCAGUGUGGCAGAGUGUUUAAAGCGAGACUGGGUUACAAAGCCAUCGAAACCAAUCUGGCAACCCUGAUUAUAAUAGCGCCGGCGGCAGUCCCCAAGACUCAGUGAGAGAACAGAAAUGGAGCAGCACUAAUUAGAUGAAGGUACAGGGACUAGUGAAAAUGGUGAACACGUGAGAAAAAGCAGCAGAUUCCAGGAUGAUUCCAGUUAAUGAAUUCCGGAACAUUUCCUCGGAACAAAAUCCGCGGUUCCGAGUUCUAAAGCCAUGGUGGGAUGUCUUCUCGGAGUACCUGUGCAUAGCCAUGCUAAUGAUCGGUGUCUUUGGAUGUACCAUGCAGCUGACACAGGAAAAGAUCUCCUGUCUCCCUGAUCGCAUCACUGGAGACUCAGAUGAAAGGAUGGACUGUAGCUACCUCCAAAAACCCAGAGAGAAUGAGAGUCUGUGGGAGCAUGCCAUCACCAAGAACAUCGCCCCAAACAUUGUAGAGGUGUUCGGCCGAAAGAACAACCUGGACAUUCACCAGUACAUCUUCAUAAACAGUUUCUGCUACGAAAGGGCAGUGCACUGGUAUGGCAAGUACUUCCCCUACCUUGUGGUCAUCCACACCAUGAUCUUUAUGGUAGCAAGCAGUUUCUGGUUCAAAUUCCCUGGGACAUCGUCCAAGAUUGAGCUGUUUGUGUCGAUCCUGGGGAAGUGCUUUGACUCCCCCUGGACCACUCGAGCAAUUAGUGAGGUAUCUGAGGAGAGAGAAGACAUGGUCACAUGGAAGAAAAACAACACAGCAAAAGCAUCGGCAGUCGAAAGCCCUGAUGAGGAGGACAAAUCUGCUGCCUUUAUUCGUUCUACGUCCAUUGUGUCUGACCAGGAGAAGAAUGGGCUGGAGCCUGAGCAUGCUACAUCUGUCCUGGACAAAAAGGAAGGUGAGCAGGCCAAGGCUCUGUUCGAGAAGGUGAGAAAAUUUCAGACUCAUGUAGAAGAGGCAGACCUCCUCUACCUCAUGUAUGUUCUCCAGACCUCAAUCAAGGUGCUAAAAUUUGCCAUCAUCACUAUUUAUAGUGUUUUGCUUGUACCAAAUAUUGAGAUUGUGGUGACCUGCAGAGUCCCGCCUGACCUGACUGGUUUUGGUUUGUUCUGCUGUAAUAACAACAAAGCACACCUCUUCUCGAAAUUAGCCUACUGUUACAUUGGAUUUGUUGGUGUGUAUGGACUACUAUGUAUCUAUUCUCUCUACUGGCUCUUCCAUCGGCCACUGAAAGCAUACUCCUUCGAGCAUGUACGUCUGGAGACAGGAAUCAACGACAUCCCUGACGUUAAAAAUGACUUUGCAUUCCUCUUGCACCUCAGUGAUCAGUACGACCCUCUCUACUCUAAACGCUUUGCUGUAUUUCUCUCUGAAGUGAGUGAGAGCAGGUUGAGUCAGGUGAACCUCAAUCAUGAGUGGCCCAUCAAGAAACUCCGCACACGUCUCUCAAGGAAUGCCAGUGACCGCUUAGAACUGCACUUGUUCAUGUUGCCAGGCUUACCCAGCACUGUGUUCGAUGUGCCAGAAGUGGAAUCUCUGAAGCUGGAACAGAUCAAUAAUGUGAUUAUUCCUGGUACAGUGACCCAACUUGCAGCUUUACAGGAAAUGUCCCUCAUUCACUGUCCUGCCAGACUUCAGCUAGAAGCCCUCACCUACCUACGAGAGAACCUGAAAGUCCUCCGCCUCACCUUUGGCAACCUGGAGCAGGUCCCCUUGUGGAUGUACACUUUAACAAAUUUGGAAGAGCUCCACCUGAGUGGGCCACUCACCAAUGAGCUCCAUCGUGGCGCCACUUUAGACACCUUGCGGGAGCUCAAGAACCUUCGUGUACUGACCUUGCGUGGUAAACUCGCCAAGAUCCCUUCCAGUGUGGCGGAUUUAGGUGGCCAGCUGCUAAGAUUAUGCGUGCACAACGAGGGCAGCAGGCUGCAUGCCUUCAGCAGUCUGAAGAAGCUGGCAAACUUGGCCACACUGGUGUUGAUUGGCUGCGAACUGGAGCGCCUCCCCAGUGCUAUCUUCAGCCUCACUAAUCUGCAACAGCUGGAUCUGAAAGAGAACAGGCUUACCACUGUGGAGGAGAUCCUUAGCCUGCAGCACUGCCGCCGACUGAGCACGCUCAGACUAUGGCACAACUCCAUCCGCUACAUCCCUGAGCACAUCAACAAACUGCGCUCACUUGAGACACUCGACCUGAGCUGGAACAAGAUUCAUAGGCUGUCGCUUCAUCUUUGCUACUGCACCAAGCUUCGGCACCUGGAUCUUUCCCACAAUCAACUCACCUCACUGCCCCCUGAGAUUGGUAUCCUGCAGAGUCUAUGGCACCUUUCUGCAGCUUACAACUCACUGGAAGUGCUCCCAGAGGAGCUGUUCUCCUGUAAGAGGCUGAGGACUCUUGAGCUGGGGAAUAACAGAAUUGCUUUUUUGUCUCCGAGGGUUGGGAACCUGGCUCACUUGGUGUGUCUGGAACUAAAGUUUAACAGGCUUGAGUCUUUGCCUGUUGAGAUAGGUGACUGCAACCUACUGAAGUUGACUGGGCUCAUCGUAGAGGAGAGUCUGAUUGAUAUGUUGCCUUCUUACGUAAAAGACAGAAUAAAGGAGAGGUGAUUUAAAGAUAGACUUACCUUUGAUGAGUUGAAUUGGGAAAAACCAGAGCAUAUUCAGUACAAAGAAAGAUACACCACUGGUUCUAGAAUACUUUGUAGGCUGAGUAAGUUGAAACAUGUCAUAUAACUUGGGCCUGACUAAUUUAUUUUUAUUUAUUUACAUCUUUGUGUAGGAAAACAAACAGUACAUGUCAAAUAAAUCUUAGUCACCCCUGACACGGACACAUACUUUAUACUGCAUUUCAGAUGAGUAGAUAGAAUUAGUGAAUAUUAUUUAUUUUAAUUGCUCCACUGAAGUGCCUUUGAAAAAGUUUGUACCUUUCUUGAAAUAAAAUGUUUUUAUACACUUUA